UGGAACAAUGGUGGAACACAUAAAAUGAAGUAUACACUUUGAAAAGUUAUAUUUUACGAAAGUAUUACCACUGCAAGCACGUGGUGUAAUCCUGUCGAAUUAUUAUCUAGGUUCGUCGUCUAUUUGAGGCUCUUUUAACUUUUUCCUGUCUCACAAUGCCACCAUCAUUUUCACCUGUCUUGUCCUGUUUUUGCAUUUGGACGACAUUUUAUUACAUGCUUUGCAUGUUAAAUCAUGAGAAAAGUUCAGAAUUCAAUUGCCGUAUUGUGACAAUCAUACAUGGUGUUUUCAGUUGUAUUCUAUGUUCAUAUUGUGGAUUUAUUGUUGGACCAUGGCCUUUUGAUGCAUUAGGUGAGCAAAACACGCCAUUGCAGACACUUUGCAUUGUAGUAACAUUGGGCUACUUUAUGUUUGACUUUCUAUGGUGUGUCUUAAAGCAGACAGAAGGAAUUGACAUGUUGCUGCAUCACAUAACAUCCAUAUGUGGACUUUGCCUAUCAAUGUAUCUUGAACAUUCAGGCUCUGAGCUGGUUGCUACGAUAUUUGGCUCAGAAAUUUCCAAUCCUUGUUUGCAGAUGAGGUGGUUUCUUCGUGACGCAGGCAAAUAUAACACUCACAUUGCCAAGCUCAAUGACAUCUUGUUCAUUGCUUUGUUUUUGGUGAUCCGCAUUGGACUUGGUAGCCAAUUGUUGCAUUGUACAUUGUUCUCCUCCAAAUCACAUGUUUUAAUAAAGCUUGGUGGCACUUCUUUGUAUACAAUUAGCCUAGUUUGGAUGAUUUUCAUUUUAAUGUUUGCAAGAAAAAGAUUUUUUGGGAAGAAAUCAACUUGAAUUUGAUAUCAUUGAUUGACCAAAAUUUCGGGGAAUCUUGGUACAAUAAUUAAACGUGUUGCUUUAAUGGAGCGUUUUAUUCUUGGAAAAUAAAUAAUUACAUCCUUUGGAAUCCUAGUUAAUGUUAGCUUCAUUUUACGUUCCUUUUAAACAAGGAUUUAGGCAAGUUUGUGUGACAUGGAUUACUACAACUCUGUCGGGCAAAGAGAUUAUGACGAAGUGUUAAACUUGGCAUUCAUCAGACUACUUGAUAACACACUGAUAUACAAAAGAAUAUCAUACUCAAUAAUCGCUAAUACUCAAACCAGAUGUUUUUCGUGCAAAGGUCAACUUCUGUCGUGGUUGUUUGAUACCAGGCUUGUCCGAAUUAGAAUAGCGUCAUUGGAGGAAGGACAGAUAAAUCAUAAAAAGUCAAAAAUUGAGCUCUCAAAAUAUUUGCUGAUGGUUGAAACAUUGAUCUGCUGACUUCGUGCCACAUCUUUUAAUUGGGAAAAAUUUUGCAUUAUUAAACUGUUAUCGUUAUCACAGCAUUGGCAAAUAUAUACUUGGUCAUACGAAAGACUUGGGAAGCAAACGACAAAGUACCAAUCAAGUGCUCAAGACAAGAACAGCUUAAAUUCCCUUUCAUUAGUUAGGGCUUAACAAAAGGUAACUAUGUUUUGCGUUCCUGUCAAACUUUAACAUUUCUUAGCAUUUAUUUUUACAGUUUUACUAUAUUAUUUACUAUAUUACAAAGAAGACGAAUUAACUACUUUAUAAAAUAGAAACAAUAAAACGCGUGCGCUGAUUGGUCUAUAGCUGUGUUUGCAUUAGUCUGUGCAAACUGAUCUGAGCUCAACCAAUCAAAUUAAUUAAUCAAAUAGAAUUUGUAAAUCAAUCGUGGAUUUAUUUUAAAAGAAAAAUCGGAAUGUUUGUUUUAAA